AUGUAUCCGCGCCUAGUAAAUUUCUUUCGCUUAUUCUGGCUGCUGCUUGUCGCGUGGUAUGAGCUCGGCACAUUCUAUCAUCACACAGCUGUGUGUCCAUGGCCGGACCAAUUGUUCAUAAAGCCGGAGGACUCUCCUACACACGUUCUCGUCGUCGCAGACCCGCAGAUACUCGACAUGCGUUCCUACCCCGACCGUCCCCCAUGGCUGCAAACGUUGACUCAACUCAUGGUCGACCUAUACAUCCGGAAGAGCUGGCGUGCUGUUCUUCGUCGUCGUCCGGAUGCGAUUGUAUUCCUCGGAGACAUGAUGGAUAAUGGUCGGCUGGCCAUGUCUGACCAGGAAUACGAAGCCUACGUUCGGAGAUUCAGGAGUAUCUUCGCAGCCGACAGCUCCGUCCCAAUGCAUUACCUUCCUGGGAACCACGAUAUCGGUUUAGGCGUAUCGUCAGAGAAAUACCGGUUUGAUGAAAACGCUCUACAACGCUAUAAGUCUCACUUUGGUCCCCUCAACCAGCGUGUCUCCAUCGCGAACCACACCGUUUGGAUGAUCGAUGCGCCCGGGCUCGUCGACGAAGACCGGGAACGUCUUAUCGCCCGCAAAUCCUUCACGGAAUGGGCUGAAGCACGUCCGGACCGGACCAUCGCAUUCGUGCAGUCUUACGUCCAAGACUCGGCGGUUGACCGUACCGGUACCAUUCUCUUCACGCACGUCCCUCUCUCACGACCUGAGAUGUCCCCCUGUGGUCCACUCCGUGAAGGGAGAACCCUCCGCCAGGGCCGAGGGCUGGGAUACCAGAAUCUACUUCUGCCAGAGGCCUCGCAAUUCCUUUUGCAAAGCAUCCGGCCUUCCGUCGUGUUCAGUGGCGACGACCACGAUUACUGCGAAUACGAACACACCUACACUGGCAGCAAAUUACCAGCCGUCCCCGAAAUAACUGUCAAAUCGUUCUCUAUGGCCAUGGGCAUCCGCAAACCCGGCUACCAACUACUAUCUCUUAUACCGCCGAAGCAGUACCAAAGUGGGCCUUCGUUCGCACACCAGCCAUGCCUGCUCCCCAACCAGCUCAGCAUCUAUCUAUCCGUCUAUGUGCCCUUCAUAGUAAUAACUUUAUUGGCCCUACUCGUCUCCAACUUCCGCCGCGUCUCUUCCCCUCCGCGCAGCGUCACCUCCCCCACGCAAGACACCGUCAAUUUCGAUCUACCACCACCCAGCGCCUGGCGGACAAAGGGGUUCCCUCGCCAAGCCUGGUCAAAGACGUGGACAAUCGCUAUCGGAGGCCGCCCACGCAACUUUACCCUCUCUCCCGCCGGCUUUCGCCGGUCCAUCGUCGCCUUUUUCUGGACGGGCGGCAGCCGGGCGCCGGACUCGACCCGGGGCGGCGGGGUGCUUGUCGGGUUCCUCAAGGACUUCAGGGAAGCGGCGUGGGCACCGCUGGCCCUGUUCGCGGGAAUAGCGUGGUGGGCGUGGUGA